UCUCUACACUUUUAGCUACUUAGUUUUAGUCAUUCAUUCGGUUCCAUGCUGGAACGACGUCUAUACACCUGCUGAUCGUCUGAUCUACUCGCUCGUGAUAGCAUUUUGUGCAUAAAGUCUGUGAUUGUAUUUGUGAGAUUGUGUGUUAUGUUAAAUAGUCAUUUUUUUCCAGUUUUCAAAAGAAAUUUUUUUUGGUACCUAUACUAAAUUUGCAUUAAGCGCUACUCAGAGCAGUUGGAAGAGGGUACAACAUUGCAGAUUAUCAACCUGCAUGUAUUCAAAGAUAUUAUAAAGUAUUUUUAAAAAUUAAAAUCAACUAUUUGAUAAUAAUUUCUCUCGGUUUAACGAGUGGAGUUAAAUAAGCACUAAAUUAACUGCCCGAACAAGUCUACAGUCUCUCUCAAUUUAAAAGAGAGACAUCAAAACUUGAAGCUAAAUCGCUCAAACAACCACGUCUUUCGCACAAGUGGGUGUACAAUUUUUUUAAACUUAAAUCGUAAAUUUUGUGAAUUACUUGACUUCUUCAAAUAACAUAUAUAUACGUGCAGAAGAAAGUAAUCAAUAUGUCAGCUGAAAAGGUCGAAAACAUUCCCGCCGGUGAUGAACCAUUUUUGGGUACACUGGAUAUUGCAUUGUUGGUGGCCUUAAUUGCAGGUGCCACUUGGUAUUUUAUGCGUAGUCGCAAGAAGGAAGAGGAACCUAUUCGCUCCUACUCCAUACAGCCAACCACAGUUAGCACGACAAUCUCAUCCGAUAAUUCAUUCAUCAAAAAACUGAAAGCAUCCGGUCGCAGUUUGGUCGUAUUUUAUGGCUCUCAAACCGGUACUGGCGAAGAGUUUGCCGGUCGUUUAGCCAAAGAGGGCAUUCGUUAUCGAAUGAAGGGUAUGGUUGCGGAUCCGGAAGAAUGUGAUAUGGAAGAACUUUUGCAAUUGAAAGACAUUCCUAAUUCCUUGGCAGUAUUCUGUUUGGCCACGUAUGGUGAGGGUGAUCCUACCGAUAAUGCGAUGGAAUUCUUUGAGUGGCUUUCAAAUGGCGAUGCCGAUUUUAAUGGCUUGAAUUAUGCGGUGUUCGGCCUUGGCAACAAAACCUAUGAGCACUACAACAAAAUGGCAAUUUAUGUAGACCAACGAUUGGAGGAACUUGGCGCCACACGUGUUUUCGAACUUGGCCUUGGCGAUGACGAUGCAAAUAUUGAAGAUGAUUUUAUUACAUGGAAAGACCGCUUUUGGCCUGCUGUUUGUGACUUCUUCGGAAUUGAGGGUGGUGGCGAAGAAGUGUUAAUGCGUCAGUUUCGCUUAUUGGAACAACCAAAUGUACAACCCGAUCGCGUGUAUACCGGCGAGAUUGCUCGAUUGCACUCAUUACAAAAUCAACGUCCUCCAUUCGAUGCCAAAAAUCCAUUCCUUGCACCAAUCAUUGUCAACAGGGAAUUACACAAAGGUGGCGAUCGUUCGUGCAUGCAUAUCGAGUUAGAUAUCACUGGUUCGAAAAUGCGUUACGAUGCCGGUGAUCAUGUUGCCAUGUAUCCUGUUAAUGAUACCGAAAUUGUUGAAAAAUUAGGCAAGCUCUGUAAUGCCGACCUCGACACCGUAUUCUCGUUGAUUAACACAGAUACCGACAGCAGUAAGAAACACCCGUUUCCAUGUCCCACCACUUAUCGCACUGCUUUGAAGCAUUACUUGGAAAUUACUGCCAUACCAAGAACGCACAUACUCAAAGAAUUGGCUGAAUAUUGCACUGACGAUGCUGAUAAAGAAGUCUUACGUAGCAUGUCUUCCAUUACACCCGAAGGCAAGGAGAAGUAUCAGAGUUGGAUACAAGAUGCUUGCAGAAAUAUUGUGCACAUUUUGGAAGAUAUCAAAUCAUGCCGGCCACCUAUUGACCAUAUUUGUGAACUGUUGCCUCGUUUACAGCCGCGCUAUUAUUCAAUAUCGUCAUCAUCCAAGUUGUAUCCAAAUCAUGUGCAUGUUACUGCCGUUUUAGUACAAUAUAAAACACCUACUGGACGCAUUAAUAAAGGCGUGGCCACGUCAUUUUUGAAAAAUAAAAUCCCUGGACAAGAAGAUGUACGCGUACCGGUCUUUAUACGCAAGUCACAAUUCAGGCUACCAACAAAACCAGAGAUACCAGUAAUUAUGGUUGGACCAGGCACGGGAUUGGCUCCGUUCCGCGGAUUUAUUCAAGAACGUCAACAUCUUCGCGAUGAAGGCAAAACAGUCGGAGAAACAAUUUUGUAUUUCGGUUGCAGGAAGAAGAGCGAGGAUUUCAUUUAUGCAGAGGAACUUGAGGAAUACAUCAAGAAGGGUACUUUAACGAUGAAAACCGCUUUCUCUCGUGACCAAAGUGAAAAAAUCUAUGUCACCCAUUUGAUUGAAAAAGAUGCUGAUCUAAUUUGGAAUGUGAUAGGAGAGAAUAAGGGUCACUUCUACAUUUGCGGCGAUGCGAAAAAUAUGGCCGUGGAUGUCAGAAAUAUCUUAGUGCAAAUACUUGUGACCAAGGGAAAUAUGAGCGAAACUGAUGCAGUACAAUAUCUUAAGAAAAUGGAAGCCCAGAAACGUUACUCUGCUGAUGUCUGGAGCUAGAAAUUCUCUUAACAUAACAACUGAACAAGUCUUUAUUCCUCGUUAAGUAGUAAAAUUAAUGUUAUGAAUAAAAUGUGUGUGUCUACAAAUACUGAUAAUCUAUACAUGAAAAAAGCCAGAAUUGUUAAACUGAACACCAAAGUAUACCAGCAGUUAAAGUAAUCGAGUUUGAAGGCAUCACAUUUCUCCGUCUACUGCACCAUCUUUUUCACGAAAAUCUUUAUUUUACGAAUGCUCAAUAUUUCCUGGCUACUUUUAUAAAUUUGACUAAAAUGUAGAAAAUAUAGAGAAAUAAAUAUCAAUUAAGAGAAUUUUUAAGAACAAAUUAACGGUUUUGGAGCCUUCUGCACCUGUGAAAAAUACGAUGAAGAUUAAAAUACUUUUAAGAUCUUUUAUUAUUUAGAAACGUUUCUUUUUUUUAAGUCUAUAAAAGUGAGAUGAAUUGAUAAAUAUGAGAGUUAAAAUUAUUAAAUAUAUUUAUUUUGUAUACUGGUGUAAAAAUUUAUACAAACCAUUGUGCAAUUUAUGAUAAAACAAAGUCAAUAAAGUAAAAAUAUUUUUUAAUUAAAUGAUAAAAACUAUGACUUUGUAUUUGAAAGUACAUUUAAAAAUAAAUUCGUUUCCUCUUUGUA